GCCGAGUAUUGACUUGGCAGUGUUUACCUGUGCGAUGCGGAAACGAUCUCUGAUGUCGCGCGAAUAUUACUACUACUAGCAUGGGCUUUGAUACGGAGAAAUUUGUCAGCGGAAUAACCGACGAGAAGAGGUGUUCGCUUUGCAAAGGUGUUUUGGAUAACCCGGUGCGCACGCCGUGCCUGCACGUGUUCUGUUCCGGAUGUAUUUUCCCCUGGGUGGUGCGGCACGGCUCCUGCCCCAGGCACUGCAGACAUCUUAGCCCCACCGACCUGGAGAACGUCCUGUCGCUGAGGCAUGUGAUUCUAAACAUGAAAGUGAAGUGCGAUUUCAUUGACGAAGGGUGCACGGAAGUCCUGAGACUGACGGAUCUUGUCAUGCACACGCAGGAGUGCUUUUACCGCCCUGUCGUCUGUCCCAACCCAGGAUGUGGAGCUACUGUUAAUUUCCACAAUUUGAAAUCUCACCAGAGCUUCGAGUGUGGAUUUCGCCCUUUCGGGGUUUGUCAGAAGGGGUGUGGCCUGGCCAUCGUGGCCAACUCGGCGGAGAAUCACUCCUGUAUUGAUUCUUUAAAACAGUGCAUCUCGGACGAACAGGCGAAAGUGGCUGAUUUGGAGCAGGAGAUGAAGAGACUGGUUUCAAAAUUCAGUAAGAGAGAGAAAUCUCUCCUUGGUCAGGUAGCCGCUCUUCACAAGCAGCUGCAGUUGCAGAGUUCCAGUUUUCAGAGGAAGCUUGACGUGUACAAGAAUCACCUGAACGGACUUAGUGGAUUAACUGAUAAUCAGCGUUUCUGUGACGACAACACACAGGAAGACGGAGAGAGUGAGACUGCGACGGGAUUCACUGUGACGCUACAGCGAGACAAGACUGGUUCUCUUGGAUUCAACAUAAUGGGGGGCUUCACGCAUGAACCGAACAAUAACACCAAGGUGUCCUAUGGGAUCAUUGUGUCACGAGUCACAGACAGAGGUCCUGCUGAUAAGAACGGGAUGAAGACUCAUGAGAAGAUCAUCAAGGUGAAUGGCCAUGACUUGUCACAGUCGACACACGAGGAGGCAGUAGAGGCAUUUCGUACUGCCAAGGAGCCAAUCGUUGUUGAGGUUUUGCGGCGAGUUAACAAGAACAAGUUAAAGAGUCGGUCACCAACAAUGGUUUCCAUUGGGACACAAACAGAAGAGGAUUUUUACUGUUACAACCGGCCGCCCACACCACCGCCUGGAUUUUACCCUCUUCAUGUCACAGGUCUCUACCAGCCAUCUUCCCGCAGACCCGUGGCAUUUUCCCCAAGUGCCGAGAUGGGAUUGACAGACAUUGAAAUGGCACACAAUGUAGACUUGGAUGAUCCCUACUUCGAUGACCGGCAAUAUGAAAUGGAAUAUGAGGAAGUAAAUCUUCACCGGUCUACUAGUGAUGCCAAGCUGGGACUGACACUGUGUUAUGGUUCCCUUGAAGAUGAAAUCACAGAUAUAUUCAUUAGUGAGAUUGACUCCAACAGUAUAGCUGCCAGAGAUGGUCGUAUCCGGGAGGGAGAUCAGAUUUUACAGAUAAAUGGCGUAGAUGUACAUAACCGUGAUCAGGCCAUCAAACUGUUUUCUGCCAACUCCACCGACACGACCCUCCUGGUGACAAGGCCGCAGUUACAGUGUGAUGAUGGUUUCAUGGAUGAACAGAACAUGAUGUUGGAUGAUCUUCAUAUGGAUUUACUAGAGAAGCAUCACCAUGACAACAUGCAGUAUAUGGCAUCCAUGUUGGCCAGACGCCAUCUAGAUGAAGAAGGGGGGACAACUGACACAGCAACCACAGAAAACUCAUCCAAUAAACACGAGAAAGACAGCGGAGUUGGUCGUACCGAUGAAAGUACGAAGAAUGAUGAAAGUUCUGAACAGGAGAACUUCGACUCUGAGAGUAUAACUCCUCCGACCACAAACCUGAAAGUGAGGUCGAGCUGCAUACUGGACCGUGGUACCCAUCACCAUAGCAACGAGAGCUUCAACGACCACGAGGUGAUCGGUAACGAGAUCUCUCCGGAGGCGUGCGACAAGUUCCGCGAGGUCCUGCAGCACCGAUGCACUGACAGCCCGCCGUGCCCACGGCAGGACGUCGCCCGCAAGGACUCUGAGAGCAGCCUGGAGCGGGAGCUGGCCAUGCUGAACCAGGAGAUGGAGGACAUACAGCUGGAGUGUCAGAACAUCGUUGAGGCCCACCUCAAGAUCGACCCCAGCAAGGACGUCGCCAAGCCCGACCAGCAACGCAGUCCCCGCAUCGUGCCGCGCAUGGGCACCCGACUGGAAUACCUCAAACAUGUGCAAUCUCUCGACCCCUCCGAGUUCUGGGCCCGCAGGGGUCUUCCCAACAUGAACAGUCUGAAAGUGGGGCAGCAGCAGCAGCAGCAGCAGCAGAUGCAGCCGCAGCAGCCGUUGUCGCAGGGUAAAGGUUCAGAGAAGGAGAAGGACACGUCGACGACGAGCGCGUACAACACGGGGGAGAGUUGUCGCAGCACGCCGCUCACCCUCGAACUCAACCAGACGAGUGAUGAGGGCGACAAGGGAUUCAAGAACUCCAUGUUGUGCCUGGCGCCCGCCGCCCCCAACAACAAUGUGCCGUCCUCCAGUGACACCGAGAAACAGACUCAGACCCCGACUAAGACUCGCGACUACCUGAGCGACGACAGUGGCCAUGGCUACAAAGCCAUCGUGCCCAUGUCAACAUCAUUGUCGCAACAUCGUGGAGACCAGGAUGCGGGAAAGGGUAACAAUCCGUCGCCGAAGGUGAGCAUGGGCGAGUCUCUGCAAGACUUGUACAUGGAGUAUGCGGAUGUGAUGUAUACGAACCAUGCCAACCUCGAACAUACCAUGGCAGUCCAGCAGAAACUCUUCCAGCAGCAGCUGGACCAGAAAUCGCGGUUAAAAUCGCACUCCACGAACUCUGGUGGUCAGAACUCCAACUCUGGUGACAACAAGCAGGCGUCUGGGAAGGAGCUGACCCCUUCGGACAGUGGUCCGCUAGAGUGGGUGGUCAAACGCAGGACGGACGGAACCCGCUAUAUCACCCGCCGUCCAGUGAGGAACAAGAUGCUGAAGGAACGAGCAAAAAAGAUUUCCGAGGAACGUUGUGGUAUGACCACCGACGAUGAUGCAAUGAGUGAAAUGAAAACGGGACGUUAUUGGUCGAAAGACGACCGCAAGCGACAUCUAGAGAAAGCAAAAGACUAUAAGAAAAAGAAAGAACUGAUGUUGAGGGCUCGAAUGGACACCUUAAAGGAGUCGGAGGAGAAAAAAGAAAUGAACAUUGUCGAGUUGAGCCAUCGGAAAAUGAACAAACACAAAGGCAAGAAGGUCUUUGACAACUUUGUGACUGUACAGGAAAUGCUUGCACAUGGAAGUCGUAUUCCCGAGGGCAAAACGUACAACCCGUUACUCUCCGUUACGACGGUAUGAUGAUGUUUGUGCACAGUUAUAUAUUUAUUUGUGAAAUGUUUGCAUAUUCAUAUUAUUGUGAGAUUCGGGAAGAAUAUAUUUGUUGGUUGAAUCUCAACAUAGCUUGCUGCCUUAGCGUGCUUGUGGAAUCCAACACACCAAAGAAAACAGAAAAUGUGAUGCCAGACAUCUGUUGUCGAAGUCUGUCUGCAGGCGUCUGUCCAUCUGUUGUCGACGUCUGCUUCUUCUAUCCAGUCCUUCACGUGCAUAAUGUUAUUCAUCAAAGGAACUGAGAUAAAAUAGUGAAAUUGAAAGACAAGAUAAUAUCAGUUCUAGAAAAACAUUUCUCGGUUUCGAAUGAAUAUUUCGUUUUGAUAUCUCACCAACAUGAAAUAAUGCAUCUUAUUAAAUAGUUAAUUGGCAUAGCAUAAAGUGAAUUUGUAGCUAAGUCAUUCAUUUCAUCACUACCAUUUUCAUUAAAUCUUCAGUUAAUAGUUGUCUUGAUUGGUUUGUUACUUAAUAAGUGAGAUCCCAAGUCACUUCAUAAGUGAGAUUCAUUUACUUUUUUGUUUCAACGUUCAACAUUAUUUUCUUUAAACAAUGUUCCAUAUUUGGCGUCAGUAACAUUUACUAUGUUUGUUGAACAUGUUCCACAUUUUUCAUUCAUCAAAGUAAUUCAUUUUUCUAUCAGCAAUGUACUAACAAAACCUUGUUGAAUACAUGUUUAAUGUGUCCAGUUAUAGAUGUAUGACUAUAAAUUAAAAUGGUGAACCUUACGCAUCUGUAGAUGUUGAAAAGGAAGAAAUGUUGUCCUUCUAUACUGAAUGUCUUAUGAUUUCACUAUAUUGUCUGGCCUUUGGACUUUGUAGGUAAUGUUUCUAGUAUAUACGUAUAUAAUAUAAAUAUAAGAAUAUAUAUAUAUUGCAUGGCUGUGUUACAACAUUAACGUUAUAAUGUUGAUAUUUGUACAGAGCUACAAAAGAAAGUCCUAAAGCACUAAACAAGAUGUCUUUCUCUGUGUUAAAUAUCCUUUAUAUUUCCUUAUGUUGAGAUGGAAUAAUCUUGGGAAUAGCAGUCAUUAAACAGGAAAUGUGGAAAGGAUGUCUUGUCUUUGGGAGUGGUAGUCCUGUUGUAGACAAAAUGCUGUGGUGAUUUUAACAUUCAAAUUGGACUAAUUAUAAUUUAUACGAAUUAAAUAUUAUUGUUAUUAAUGCAGUAAAUCCAAGUUUCAACAAAGUGAUAUACCAGUAAUUCUUUUAUUAGAUCUUGGUUACAAAACACAGCUAUCAUUGGCAAGCUUUAAAACUGUCAAAGGGUUAUGACAUACAUGUAAGUUGUAAUAUCAACAUUCUUAUGGUUAAUUAAACAUUUUCAGUUUAAUAAAAUAAAAUAAAGAGUUACGUACAUUGUAAAGACCUCAUUCUUAUGGUUAAUUAAGCAUUUUCAGUUUAGUAAAAAAAAAAAUUAGUUAUGUACAUUGUAAAGACCUCAUUCUUGUAGUUAAUAAACAUUUUCUAUUUGGUCAAAAAUAUAUAUAAAAUAAAAAAUAAAAAUGCAUAUUUACCUCCCCCAUCCCUUUUAUAAAUAUGAACUCUUCCAGAAGGUAAUGCUCGAAACCUUAGUGGUACAGGGGCAUGUAAAAAAUAUUGUAAGUCUCAGUCCAGAGGGUAUUCACAUUUUUUACAUGCUGUCCAUGUUCUCGGAUUUAACAUAACUAUUACAAUUCUACCAUUCUGUGGUCCAUGUUAAAACGUAAAAUUCCACAGAAACACAUCUUGUUUAACACCAAACUGAAUUUUGUUGAGUUAGCAUUCAUUGACAAAAGCUUCUGACAUAACAUACCAUUUCACUGAAAGUUUUUGUUUGUCACAGUUUGUACAGUAUAUUAUUUGAAAUAGUGUAAAUUGUAUGGUGUAGAAUCUAAUUUAUUCUUGUACAGCAAUUAUCCUGUAAUUAAUCCAUAUGUACUGAAGUGUGCUGCGAUUGUAAACAAGUUGUAUAUCUGUACAGUCUGUAUGUUUUGUCUGCUCAUAUUGAGAGAAAAGGGAGCUAACUAUGUCUGAAACAAAGGGGAAUAACUAGUAAAUGCAAAAAGAAGUUGGUAGCAAAAUGCAUGACAAUUAAUUAAAGUUUGGCAAUCUAUUGUAUGUGUAUAAUGUGCUGAAUUUUUUUUUAAUAAUACAAAUAUAAAUAUACUAGUAUACAAAAUUAAAAUACAGUUAAAAGUACAUUAUAAAAAGGUGCAUAAGAAUGUAUGCAUUGACCUGACUAAUAUAGGUCCUACUAAGUUUUAUAAGCUUAUAGUCAUUGUCAGUUUUAUAGAAAGAGAUCAAAACUUUUUCAUUUUAAUGUACAGAUGUUUAUUUGCUUGCCAAAAACAACAAGAUUGUCUCCAAUCUGACAGAGUUAUCUCCCUUUAACUUUAUGGUUGCAGAUUGCCCGUUUGAGGCAGUCGAACAUUGCAGUGCUAGUAUGUCUUCUUUUCUUUUUUUUCAAAAUAGUAUGUCACUCGUCAGUAUGUGGUUCAAACUGAGUGCCUCUGUAUCACUUUGUUCAUGUGUGCUAAUCUCGUCUGGCCAUCGCAGUCGUCUAACAUUGUGCAAUGUGAAUGCAGUCGUCUAACGUGCAGUGUAAACACAGUCGUCUUAACAUUGUGCAAUGUGAACGCAGUCAUCUAGCAUUGUGCAAUGUGAACACGGUCUUCUAACAUUGUGCAAUGUGAAUGCAGUCGUCUAACAUUGUGCAGUGUGAACACGGUCAUCUAACAUUGUGCAAUGUGAAUACUGUCGUCUAACAUUGUGCAAUGUGAAUGCAGUCAUCUAGCAUUGUGCAAUGUGAACGUAUCACAUGAAUUUUUCACACUUGUACGCCAAUCAUUAGAAUAAUGUUCUAGCUUGUACUCAACACCAGUUAUAAUUCUCUUUACUAAAGUAUCUAUGCCAUUGUUUCUCAGUCAGUAGUCCUUGGACUGGAGCUGAUAUGCAUUAUGGUUAAAGCACACUGUCCUGGACACACAUCUUGGCUAUAUCUGGGCUGUCUAUCUGGAACAAGGGUUAAUGGUUAGUUAUUAAUGUUUAGUGAGAGAUUUGCAUUUUACAGAAAACUAGUCAUAAGUUUUUGGUGUUGAAUUUAUAUCAUUAAUAGAAGGGAAAAAAUACUUUCUUUCUUAUGUAGGUUAAAGCAUACUUAUACUUAUUGGUUUUAUGAAUCAGAAAAACUCCCACAAUGCUUUAUAUUAUGCAGAAUUAAGAUGUAUACCUUUUUUGAAUAUUUUGUUUUAAAAAGUGAUGAAUAUUUCACCAUAAAAUGUCUUCAAAAUGUUGAACACUUUUGACUCGUUCUCUGUAAAAUCUCUGCGUUGGUAUGUGACACCCUAUACAUUUUUCCUAUAAAAAAAGCCCUCAGCCUCAACAAAUAUGUGCUUUAGCUUCAACUAAAUAUCUUAUUCAUAAUCACAACUGGUUUGUAAGAUAGUAUUAAGAAACACCACCUCAGCCUGAAAACCUUCCAUGUUGUUCACAGCCGAUUUGGCUAGUUGGUCCUGACAGGUGAAAAUGUUGCUUGAGUUCUUGCCAGCAUGCAGUGAUGAACCUUGCACCUCCGUUUGGUGUGACCUACUUUGAACCUGCCUUUGUCAGUCUUGGUUUUUACUGCUAGAAUCAUCUAAUGUUCUCUGUCUGGAGAAAAAAUGAAUAAAUUAUUGUUUUGUAUUUAA